AUGCCAGCUGCCAAAGCCGCAGACAAGAAAGCCGCCCAAUCUCACCCACCAUACAAGCAGAUGAUCGCUGAAACUCUCAAGGGUCAAGGUCGAAAGGGACUCUCCGUCAUCGCCAUCUCCAAGAUGAUCCAGGCCAACCAGAAGGGACUCGGUCCCCGACACGAAACUUCUCUCAAGAUGGCUCUCAAGCGAGGCAUUGAGGACAAAUCCCUCGUCAAGGUCAAGGGAGUCGGCCUCGCCGGUUCUUUCAAGCUCGCUGCUCCAGUCAAGCCCGCUCCCGCCGCCAAGAAGGCCGCUCCCAAGGCCAAGCCUGCUGCCAAAAAACCCGUCGCAAAGAAGGCUGCAAAGAAGCCCGCUGCUAAAAAGUCUCCAACCAAGAAGGCUGCCGCCAAAAAGCCAGCCAAGAAGGUGACCGUCAAGAAGACCGUGGCGAAGAAGCCAGCAGCCAAAAAAGCCGCGAAGAAGCCAGCAAAGAAGACCGGCAAGAAGUAA